GCAAUUUCUCCUGGGGAUUCGUAUAAUUAAAAAAAGAAUCAUUUUAAUUAAAUGAAAGAGUAAAAUUUCGUUUAAAUAGACUUAAAAGCAUUUUAUUAAUAGAUCUUUUAUCUUAACUUAUUAAGUGUAAAUAUAGCAAACGCUUAGUAAUCUUAACUCUACCGUAAAAGAUGCUUUUUGACGAUAUUCUUGGAGAAAUUGGCGAAUUUGGGCGUUAUCAAAUAGUUUCUUAUGUUGUCCUUGGAAUGUUAGCAAUACCUGCUGGAUGGCAUAAUUUAGGUAUUACCUUCUAUGGUAAUAAAUUACAUCAUCAUUGGUGUAGAGUUAAAGAACUCGAUGAAUUUAAUAAUUCAAUAAAAUGGAAUGUUGCAAUUCCAAGAGAUGAUAGCGACGAUAAAUUUGAAUGGAAUAAAUGUAGAAUGUUUAAUUUGAAUUAUUCAAGUUAUAGACGUGAAGAUUUUCUAAACUGGAAUAGAUCUAUUAGCGAAAAUGCAGGGACAAUUGAAUGUAAUAAUGGCUGGGAUUUUGUUACUGGCUUUAGAACCGUUAUGCAAGAUUUCAAUUUGGUUUGUGGAAGGUCUGCUUUAGUUUCUUUAAUUCAAAGUAUUUAUUUUACUGGUUUCCUUCUGGGUACUAUUGUUUGGGGUCAAUUCUCCGAUUCUCGUGGUCGGUUAAAAACUGUUUUGAUAACUGUAGUAGUUCUUAUUGUAUCUUCUAUUGCUGCCGCGUUUGUACCCUCAAAUAAUGUAGGAUAUGGUCUCUUUGUUACUUUGAGAUUCUUUGUUGGCUUUGGAGUGGGUGGUUCAUAUACUACUGCCUUUGUAAUGGCAAUGGAGAUUAUAGGACCAAAAUUUAGAGCUAAAGCUGGAAUAUUUGUUCAAGUGUGGUUUGCUCUUGGCUUCAUGACUUUACCUUAUAUGGCUAAAGCCAUGCCUAAUUAUAGAACAUUGCAGUUAGUUACAGGCGCUAUACCAGCUGUGUUUUUACUAUGUCCUUUGGUAAUAGACGAAAGUGCUAGGUGGUUAGUAGCUGAGAAUCAAGAUGAAAAGGCAGCUAAAAUCCUUGAAAAGAUUGCAAGAUGGAAUAAUACAACAUUACCCGCCAAUUUGAAUUUAGAGGAAAAUCGUAAAAAUAUUGUAUCGGAUCGGAAAUAUACAGUUGCUGAUCUAAUAAAAACUCCAAACUUACGUAAAAUUACCUUAAAUAUGUGGGUUAAUUGGUUAGUAGUUAGUCUUGUUUAUUAUGGACUUUCGUUAGAAGCAGGAAACAUGGGAAAUUUAGAUUUUUACCUAUCGAAUUUUAUCUCUGGUGCCGUUGAAAUUCCUGCAUGUCUCUUCACUAUUCUUAUAUUAGAUAGAAUAGGAAGAAAGAUACCAGUUUUAGGUACAACCCUAUUUGGAGGAGCUAGCUGUCUGAUUGCAAUAGCCUUUAUGAAAAAUACGAAUUCCGUAGCAUUGACAGUUUGUUCUGUUAUUGGUAAAUUCUUUGUCAGCAUGGCCUUUGCUGUUAUUUACGUUUGGGCUGCAGAAGUAUUCCCAACAGUUGUAAGAAAUGUUGGUGUUGGUGGUUCAUCAAUGGCGGCUAGAGUAGGUUCUCUCGCUGCUCCUCAAAUAGGACGUUUGAAAGAAACGUGGAGACCUUUACCAUUCGUUAUUUUUGGAGGUACUUCUCUAAUUUCGUGUGUUUGUUCGUUUUUCAUACCGGAAACCCUUAACAAACACCUUCCAGAAACCAUUGAAGAUGGUGAACUAUUUGGAACAUCGAAAGCUAAAGUAAAGCCAAUAGAAGAUGAAGUUUACACUAUUUCCAAGUCAGAUUUAGGACAAGAAAACCUAGAUGAUAAAAAAAAGGAAUAAUCUUGACUUAAUGCAUAUUAGAUAAAACAUAAUUGUUCGAUUCAAACAUAUGUUAAGUAGGCUAAAUGAUAAAUGGUUGUCGCUAAAAUAUCAAAUAAUACAUCAAUAUAUUGUGUAUACAGUUUUUAAACCUUCCCUACUGUUUAGCUUUAUAAGUCCUACAUAAAGAGAGACAUCACUGUUUACGAAUUGAAUAUACACAGUACUACAAUAAAGCAUAUAUGUAUAUACUUAAAUAUAUUUAUAUACUUGUAUAUAAAUAUAUAUAUAUAUAUGUUCAUAGAGGCCUUUUUAAUGUAUGUACUUAAGUAUAAGAUGGUAUAUUUAUAAGCUUUCUUUAUCAUAGACAAGCAUGUGUUCAUAGUAAGCACUAUCAAUGUAUAAACUGACACAAACCGAAACAAAAUCGUAUAUACAAAAAAACAAAAUGAAAAAAAAAAUAAACAAAAUGCAAUAAUAUUUUAUUCGAGCGACUCGUAAGAUUGAACCAAUGUUCCCUCCUUUGUAACUGUAUAAUAGGUUCCGUCAAUACCUUGAAGUAUGGUGCCUGGGGGAUAACUUUCAGCUGCUUCUUGAGGAUCUGUAUAAACUUCUUGUUGUUGUUCUUCUGCUUUGAUGUACAUAUUUCGUUGAUCAUCUACUCCAAAUUCGGUGCUAUAUUCGUCUGCUGAUCCUUCAGGAACAGGAACAGUGAUAGGCUGGAAAACUGAGGUUGAGAUGGGAUUCACUAACUCUGUGGCGGUAACAGUUAAAGAGCCUCUUGUAAAUUGAACUGGUUCUGAUGCUGACUGGGCUUCCACCAUAGAGUCUGAGUAGCUCUCCUCUGGUUCGGGAUUUAAUAAAAUAGGCUCAGUUGCUUCAUGAACUGUUUCAACAAUAGUUGGUUCUUUUUUCUCAGAGCUAUGCAUUUCAAUUAUGCGAACAGUUUUUCCAUCUCUUCCGACUAUACGAAUCCUGGAUUUCUCUUUUCCCACUCUAGUGGGAAGCUUAAUGCAAUAUCCUGAUUUUCCUGAUACAGGAUCAACUCGAGGUUGAACUUCCGGCUGAAUAGUUUCUGUAACAAAUCUACCUGAUGAUGUUGAAGACAUAACUCGAAUUUUUCUUGAGUUUCCAUUUUCCGAUGAUAAUGAUUUCAUAAUAUCACCAGAAUGUAUAUGAACUCGGGGUUUAACACGUAUAAUUUUCGUUGACUUUUUAUCAGGUGAUUCGUCAAAAGCCUCCUGAACAUUUGCAUUGCUGAUGGAAUCAAUAGCUGCUUGGAUUCUUGCUUGACGUUCACUUUCAAUAGUGGCAACUUCUACUUCUUCGGCCACUCCUUCAGUGCUGCUCAGGGCAGGUACAUUUCGUGAGGUGCUCAAUUCUCCAGUUGCUUUCUUGUAAGUAAUUUGCUGAGGGUUUGUUCGGGCAGAGACUUCUGUUUCACCAACUAGACUCUCUUCAUCCUGCUGUGACUGCUGCUCUUCUACGGCUUGUUCUGAAGUUUGAGAGGAUGGUAUCGUUGCAUAUUCAUGAGAUGAUAAUGUUGAAAGAAGAUUUAAACCAGCCAAAGAGUCGUCUUGAGGUGGUGUUCGGGCAGGAGGUGGGUAAGUUCUGAUCAUGGGUCCGCUGGGGGGUGGAGGGCUUUGAGGCCUAUUGGCCAUCAUCAAAGUUGCAGAAUGCAUACGUUCGGGUGUAAUUGCUAAGUCAUUGAGAGGAUAGAGACCGUUAUGUAAAAAUUUUCUGACCAUAUCCUGUGUCCAACUUUGUUUCCUCCAGACUUUUUGAAGUAUCAUAGCUAGUGCUCUCUGAUUAAAGCUUUCGCCUGUAUUUUCAGAUUCCCAUUUUCUGGCUUUUUCCGUCAUCGUGGUUUCUAAAUUAUGAGACACCGAGUGAUCCAGCGGCUGGAGGAGGUGGGCAACUCCGGGAGGCAUGGAUAUAAGAAAUAUACGCUCUUCUUUGGCUCUAUUCAUUAAUUGCAUCGAUAUGGUGCUAACUGGUUGGGACAAAAACAAAGCGACAGGCCUAACUGGAGGUAUACGUUUGAUAAAACUAUCAAACCACCAAAGCAUCAUAUCAUCAUUUACACGACCAUCAUACGAACACACAAAAGUAGCAUCUGGAUUAGUCUCCUUUGCAGAAGAGAGUUUCAAGCGUUCACCUUUAAAAAUAACGAAUGGAGGUAACAUGAUACCCUCCGCUGAACAUGUCAAUACCAUAGUAAAAUUUAAAUAAACAUUCACUCUGACAUCAUUAGCCACAUAAAUUCUAUCGGGUUUGGUUAUCAACCUUUGCCUUUUCAAAGUAUAAUUUGCAAUUUCAAAAAAUCUUCUUAACAAACCCUUUUGUUUAUUAAUACUUGGGACUGGUGUUUUUUGGUUAGUUCGAUGAAAUUCAAUUCCAGGAUGUCUUCUCAUAAAGCCUCCUAACCAAUUAUGGCCCGGUAUGGUAUUCUGGUAUGGACUCUUGUGGCCAUAAUUUAAUCUGAGUAUUUCACCAGCCCUUUCCCUAAUAUCUUGACAACGAACUAGGAAGCCAGCAUGAGCCAUAUCACGUAUAUAAUGUACCAGUUCUAACUCUUCUUCAGGUGAGAGUACUGUUUUAACCCCAGGUCUUGCGCCAUGCAUUACUCUACCAUUUACUCGAUCUUUCAACGAAGAAUAUGGUACAUUAAAUCUUCGAGAUGCAGCGCGAAUUGUUAUUUUAUCAGCUCGAACCAUAUUUAAAGCUUCUUCCAUGUCUUUUUGUCUCCAUUGCAAUCUAUGAGCGAAAGGACGAGGUUUGGGCCUUUUUUUGAGUCUAUGUCUUUUCCCGCCACGGCCAAUACCUUCUAACACACUGUGUAUUCCAUCAUCAUCCAUAUCGUCGUCGGGAUCCGCUGAAUAAGGAUGAUGUCUACUUUGCAAAGAACUAUAGGUAUCGUUCUUCAUUUUAUGUCUAAUCUCACUUUUAACUUCCUCUUCAGCCCCAAUUACAACCUAUUUUUAAAAAACAAAGUUUAGUUAUAACGAAAUGAUGGGCCUUCAUUUUAAUAAUAACAAAGCAUAAAGCAAAAUGGCGGCAAUCGCGUGAUAUUGAUUGUAAAAGAUUGAACCUGAUGUGUCUCUACAAUUGAAUCGUCCAUCAUCUCUUGCUGAUCAUCAUCUUCAUUCGAGUCUACUAUUUGUUCAGUAACUUCUAUUCCUUGAACAUCGCUCAAAUUGUUUGCAGCUUCGUCUUCGUUUUCGUCAUCCCUAUAUUCAUCUUCAGUCGGCUCAUCUUUCACCGACUUAUUUUUUCUCGGCGACUUUGCCGAUGUGAAUCGUCUCUUCCUCUGUCCCCUUUUCGGCAUUCGGAAUACAGAGCGAAAAUAUAAAUUAAUAUAUGAAAUUUCGCUCGACCAAAAUGGCUGAAAACUAAUGUACUCUCGUUUUCUCUCGCGUACCCUCGUUGUAUACAACUGAUAGAGGUUGUUGGUUGCCCAGCAAGCUAUUGAUCGGGAAAUUCUGAACGGGACCACUGAACCACACUAAUCUCUGUUUCUUUCUGAUAGGCCGACGAAAAAACCUCUAAUAUUUACAAUGAAAUUGUAUAAAGAUAGUCUGCUAUUUAUGCACAACCUACUGCGUAAAAGUUCGUUGUAAAUCGGAAUGAG